AAAUAGGGCUGCAAUAGGAAACAUGACGGGAAACACAAACAGUGGAAACAUUAGCGCAGUUCUCUCUGAACUGAACACCAGCCACAGUGGCCCAGAUGAUGGCCCAAGGUACACAAAGGAGGCACUGGGUACCAAGGAUGGAUAUCGGACCGGCCAUUAUAGCGCCGCCACAGAAAAUGAGUACACGGUUCCGAGAAAACUGCCUCCCAUAAUUAACAGAAGUGUAGAUGACGUUGGUGCAGCCAAGACAGGACAGGCUACAUCAGUGAAGAAGAGGACACUGGUAGUUGUUACCGUGACCUUGACGCUGAUUGCCCUUGGAAUCCUAGGAGCUUUCCUGGCCAGGGAAUUCACAGCUUCCAGAGCAAUUGAUGUAAACACGAACACAACAGAGCGCCCCGAAAAAUUCAAGGGAAGCUCACCCUCAACAACGAUGUAUUUCAUAACGGCACAUUCAACACUGAGAACAAAAACUCAAAGCACUACCACCGGUGACGUAACGAAACGAAUAAAUUCCGCCUGCACACAUAACGGUACGAUGGCCUGGGUGAUGACAAACGUGUACUUCAACGAUGGCACGUUUCUCUCAGCGGAAUUGAAACACAGCCUGGACGACUGCGUUGUGAAAUGCCGAAAUGACAAGGCAUGCAAGGGCGGCACGUACCACUCGCCGUCUUAUAGUUGUUACAUACUGGAUGAAGUAAGACAGACAGGUUACAGCGUUGGCUGGAGUGCCUUCGUGAUGGCGCCGGAAUGUGGCUGUGAAAUGAUGGAGUUCCAAAAUUUAUCCCUGUUCCGUAUUUAUGAAUUCAUUACAGAGGUAUCGUACGUGUCGUACUUCGCCGAGACAGCACAGAAUUGCUCUCAAUCAUGCAGAGUGUCUGCUACCUGCGAAAUGGCCGACUUUUACCCCCCAGGAAAGGUGAACGUGUAA